GGAGGAGAAGGGCGCGGGGACUCCGGCCUGCGCGCUUUCCAAAGAAGCGGCUCGGCUGAGAUGCAAGAGGGACGCGCCUCCAAGCAGGACUUCGCCCGGGCCACACCGGUAGAGGUAGCUGCUGCGUAGUUUGACCCUUUUCUCACUUCUCUUAGGAUUCAAUUCUAUUGAAUUCGGUGAGGUUCACUCCCAAAUGUGCGCCAGAUUGCAGCCUUACAGCGCGACCCUACUGUGCGUGUCUCCUCUGAAGUAAGCCCCGCUGAGUGCAAUGGGUCUCCUCCCCAGGUAAGUGUGCACAUGCUUACUAAAUAGGAUUGCAACCUCCAUCCCGGCUGCGAUUGGAUUUACCUUUCCGUUGGACGCCAGUGGAUCGGAAUUUUUGACCAGGAAAGCGGCGCCUCUGCUAAGGGGCUUCUCUCACUCGGGCAACAAAGCAAAAAAUGCAGUUUAAAAGAUAGUGUCGGUUACUGCAUUACUGUUUCCCCCCAUUAUUCGACCCAAGAGCAUGUAUGCUUUAGUUGAGAUUCCUGCAUUGCAGAGGGUUGGACUAGAUGACUCCAGAGCAGCGGUUCUCUGGGGACCCACAGGUUGAGAAAGGCUGCUCUGGAAGCCCUUCCAUGAUUUUAUGAUCAGGCUCCAGCAAGAACAGAAUCGUCUUACAGAAAGAAUUACUUAUUGUAGGUAGCUUCAGUGUUCUGGCAGUAUGCUGAGAGGAAAUUUUUUUUGUUGGUUUGCUCAUUAAUAGAUUUGCAGUCUUUAUGAGUAAGUCCCAUGGCUCUUGGAAAGAUGAGGAAACUGUCAAACCCCCAAAUUUCUAGAAUGGGUUUGUCUUGAGGAAUCACAACUUUUCAUUUAAUGUUUGACAAAGACAAAUACUUGGUGGGAAAUACCUCGUAGCUAAGGAUUGAUUGUGCUCAGUCUUGAAUGUGUGUUUGUGUGUGUAUAUAAAUGUUUUUGAGCAUGUGCAGAGUACAGUUCUACAUCACUUAGUAAGCAUAACUAGGAGGGCUUCUGCAGAAGAUGGCAGUGCUUGCUUUCUUCUUCCUCAUUCCUUUUCUCUUUUUGUAUUUUUCUAGUAGAUUGUGAGCCUGCAGACAAAUACUGUACUAGUUUAUCAUGUAUGUAUAGUGGUUCGAAAACGUUAUAGGUGAAAUACAGAACAUUGCAAAACCCGGAGUUCUGUGGGUCCCACUGUUGUAGUGCAUCUUGUUUCCUACCACCACUUGUGAUGUGUAUUAUUAUUACUUAGAAAGCACUUAAUAUAUUCUAAGCACAGGGUGACGAUUUAAGGAUGAGCUGUUGAUUGUGAAAGAAAUACUUGUCUGAAAAGCUAGAACGAGACCAGGUGACUCUUGGGUUCAUCCCAGUUCUGCCGUUGAUUUGUUUUGUAUGCUUUUUAUAUUCAUUAGAGCUUGAUCAACAGUGCUAUCAACAUGGAUGGUCCGCCCGUUCCUUGGUUGCAACGAUUUGAUAAAGCUUCUCGUCUCCUCCUCUGCACGCUGAUGUCUGGGCAUUGGGGGGCCCUGGCUGCUUUCCGCACUCUUCAGCGCUCCCUGUCUGGGCAAGGAGCAAGCCAGGGCUUCAGCUGGUGGACCUUCACAGAGAUUCUGUGUUCUCAAGAGCCCGUCCUCACAGGCUCUGAGAAGACCCUCACCUUGUGAGUUGCUCAAAUCUCUCAUUUUAAAAAGUAUGGCAUAGUGUCCUCAUAAAUCAGAAUUAUUUCAGGUCCUAGGAACCCCAAUCAUGCAGCAUCUGACACUUGCUUCAGUGAUGAUCCAGUAGGUUGUGGGACAUGCUCAGAACCAGAAAAGGUUGUGUUGAGAUGUGUAUUCUAUCCCUGCUGAUUUUAGCAGACAAUCUGGGUUAUGAAAGAUGGUAGAACUGGUCCUCUGGGCAUGGGUGAAAGUUUGUGUGGCUUUAAAAAUCAAUUUAUGCGUACUGGAUUCUGGAUUGUUUUGGUGAAUAAGUAUAAUUUGCAGAUAAUAAUGCCUAUAAUAUGCAGUGUUGGAACGUCAUUUUCUUUUCUUGCAUUCAUAGCCUCUCAAUAUUCUGGUCUCGUAUUCAAAUUUUGGAUCCUAAUGCUGCCGGAUAUCUAGAAGUGACAACCUGAACACACUUGUUAAAAUUAUGCCCCAGGUUAACCAAGGUUGUAUCUACAAAGGAGAAGGAACCAUAGCUCAGUAGUACAGCAUAGGAUUUCCAUAGAGAAUAUUAAUUCUGAAGCAUCUUCAGUAAAAGAAGAUCUCUGUUAGCUGAACUCAGAAAGCCCUCUGCCUGAGAACUGCUGACAGUCAGAAUGAACAACACUGGGAUAAAUGGUUUAGCUUCAUAUAAGGCAACUUCAUAUGUUCAUAUAAUACCAUAUUUUAUGGUGUCAUAUAAUGGCUGGGUCUUGUUCCUUCCUUUCCCCCAUAUGUCUCAGAAAAGCACACAUCCAGAACAUGCUAGAAAGUGACUAUACAUUGAGGGGAAAGGACUACUCAACACAGAGAAUGUAUUUUAGGGCAGAGGUGGGCAACCUGUGGCCCUUCAGAUGCUGCUGAUCAACUUUUCACCAUUCAGCCUGGGGCUGAUAGGAGCCCGAUUCCGGCAACAACUAGAGGGCCACAAUUUCUCCACUUUGUUUUAGGGCCAGAUGCUCAUAAUCCAGUUUCCAUCAUAUGGAUAUAAAAUCCCAACAUUUUAUAACGGCAAAAUAAUAACAAACACCAUUAAGACAGGUGGAAACCAUUAGCAAUAAAGCAACAGUAAUAACAACAUUCAACCCAGUAUAAUGUCACCAAAUAUUCAGGUGUACUGCAUGUUGAGUUGUACUUCCUAUGUUACUAUAGAGUUAUCAUAUUUCCCUGGUGAUGAUCUUGCUUUUCUUCUUCCAAAUGGUUAUUUCAGAAAACCGUUGCUGUUGCUGCUUCCAGUGUUGUGCCAAAGAAACCUCUUUUCCCUGUUGCUUACAGUGCAGUCUACAGUGCCAGAAGCAUGCCUCCAACACCUACUUCAAGCUUCUAGGCAGGAUCCCAGCCCUGAUCUAUGGGUGCAGAGAUUGAGGGAUUUACUACAAGUGAGGGUGCAAGAGAAUAGCUCUGUGAUGCCAGUCCUACUAUCUGAUUCAUGUCGGCAGCAGCUGAAAUAUAUUUGCCAGAAAGUUAGUUGCGGCAAACCUGGAUUAGAAAGGAAAUUAAGCUGGUGUGCUAAACAGGCAAGUCCCUACAUAGCAUGGACUGGAGAUGCUCCUGGUUCUGUGCCUCAGAUAAGGGAAAAUAAGGAAGUAGCUGAGGAACCACUGGAUCCUGAAGAAAAGGUGCUGGAGAAGAGGUCCAGACUGGAAGUUGAAUUGAAUACAGAACUUUGUGAACCACAUGGUCUAAUGCAGGGAGUUGGAGUUAACACAGGGAAUGAAGUCAUGAUGGAGGUGUCUGAGAAUGAAGGUGUUCAUAGCACAAGCAAUGAUGUAUAUCAAAGUUGCCCAAAGGAGGAAGCAGAAGAAGCAAAAGUUGCCAAUUGGAGUCCCCAACAGGACACUGCAGCCGGGGUCCCUGAUUAUAUCAAGGUAUGAAAAACUAUUAGAUUCUUUUCCUUCUUUGGCAAACUAGCAGUGCGAACAUGGAACAUAAGCCCUUCUUACCAGGGAUGCUUCACAAGUAUCAUUUAUCCUCCGCUAAUGCCCGUUAGGAAAUAUUGGCCCCUUUGACAACAGAAUGAUCCCUUGGACAGUUGGAACAAGUUUUGCAAUUGCAGGAAGAUUUUGUGGGAUAACCAGCUUCAUAUAAACAACAUACUUAAAUCUAAUUAAUGCAUGAAGGGGUUAAGACCAUAGAGUAUGCUGUUCUGCCAGGCUUAGCUCACCUUGAGAGGAAUUAGAUAAUCAGUACUUUGUUCUUCAGUCUACCUGAGAAGCUCCCCGUGUGAAGAGAUUUGAGCUGGUUGCUUCAGCUCAGACUGCAUGGCUCUAAUGUGUCAUUCUUGAGUUCCUAUUCCAAUAAUCUAGGAACUUUCACCACUUUGUAAGUAAGUUAAUCAAUUGGGGACAAUUAAUUUGGUAUGUAUUUAUUAUUGGUUGUUUACAUGCAAGCCUAUCAUUUCAGUCUCUAUAUUGUAAUUGAAUGUAAUGGAUUUCAUUUUAUAUUAUUGCCAGCUGAUGAAGAAUUAUCAUUGAAACUGUUCAUUAUCCUGGCAGAACUGUUCUGUCUGCUGCUGUACUUGGAGCACCCUAUUACUACGUUUGGAGCGCCUGUCAUCUCACAUUUGUAGGAUAUUGACUGUGGAAAGGCAUUCUGCCUCCAUUUCAGUGAUCUUUGACAGUGACUUACCACUCCUACCAUUCCUGUUCAUGGAACAUUUGAUUCUUAUUAGUUUGUGACUCCAUAAACGCAUGUGUUUUGUUUAUGAAUUUUGAAACAGUAUAGUGUUAUAAAAAUGUUGUCAGUAUAUUAUUAGCCAAUGUGUUGCUUGUUGUUGUUCAGAGUGUGCAACUUUCUGAAGCACAUAAACGAUUUAACCAUUUUUCUCUUGUAUUUGAGGACCAUGUACCAAAACUAAAAGAACUUCUAGAGAUGCAGUUUGAUGUAAGUAUUUGUUACCGCAUUUCUGCUUGGGGCAGAUGCCCUGGCAGACUUCCUUAUAUAUCCCUUGAAUAAAGUUCUGUUCAGUUGGAGUAGUUUCAUUUUAAGGAGAAGCAGAUUCAUACCCUGCCUUGUUACAUUAUCUGUAUUUCCCCCCCCCCCCCUUUGACUUUUAGCUUUCUGAUGGGAUUGCUCCACCUGAGCUACAAGUUUUUAAUGAAUGUACUCCAAGCCAGGUUAGUAGGGCAAAAUGAAUGUAAGUAAUUUACAGCCUGGUCUUAAGUAGGUUUACUUGAAAUUAAGUCCCAUUUAAUGCAUCUAUUUUUUUUUUUAAAUGUCCUUAUGCCAAUUGAAUAUUCACGAUGUCUGUCUUAUUUACUUAUUUAAACCAUUUAUAUACUGCUUAACUACAAUCCUCUCUAAUUGGUUACAAUUGCCUCUUACUGCUGUGCAAGAAAUACAAUACAGAAAAGUUUUUUUUAAUGGUUAAACUAUAAAAUUAGACCUCAGUUAAAAUGCCUGCUGAAAUUAAACAGAAAAAGAUUCCAGUAGGCUCUGGAAGUUCAACAGGGAGGGAGUCUGUCUGACCUCAACAGGAAAGUAGUUUUGCAGAAGUGGGCCCACGAUACUGAUUGCAUGACUCCUUUUGGAUAUGAGCUGUGCAUCCAAGCAGUGGGAUACCACUAACAGUGACUCCCCUGAAGACCUCAGUGAUCAGGCAGGGAUUCAAGAGAUUAAGGCAAUCUUUGAGGUAUCCCGAACCCAAGUUGUUAAGGGUCUUGUACAUUACCAUAUUUAUUCGAGUCUAAUGCGCCAUCGAAUGUAAUGCACGCCUCAAUUUUCAGAAUCUUGAAACACAAAAAAUAUUAAAUGUAAAUGUGCCAUCGAAUCUAAUGCACACCUUAAUUUUUGCAAUGUAAUUUGGCCAAAAAAGGUGAGCAUUAGAUUCGAGUAAAUAUAGUAAUACAUGUAUGUGGGCAGCUGGUGCAAGCAAGCCUUUGAGCACCAGAGUUAUGUGCUGGCAAUCAUUUGUCCCCUUCAACAUUCUAGCCACUUGUUUUUUUUGUGAGAAUAGGGUGGUUUUACUAUUUUAUGCAAGUUGUAAUGUGAUUUUUUAAAAAAAAUUCUGUAUCCAUUUUAAGACACAUUAUUAUUACUAUUAUUAUUACUCUUAUUAUUAAACAGCAUUUAAGAAAUUUAAUUAACUAACUCACUUAAUGAGACUCCUUCCCAAGUAACUAUAUUUCCAAACCUUGCUGAAACCAACCUGCCCAGGUACUAGUGAUAUUUGGGAAACAGACUAUUGGGUAAUAUUUCAUGUCCUCUUUUCCUUUAGUUGAAAGUUCUGUGCUCAUUACUGCAGCUCUCGGAGUGCCCAGAAAACAAACUUCUGCAUUUCUGCACUUGGUUAGUCGCACUCUCACCUGAUCUUGGCUAUAGUAAUGCAGCAGUUCUUGCUGAAAAGCUCUUUCUACCUCGGGUAAGUACUGAGAAUAUAAAUCAGGUGAAGAAGAAACCUCCUUCAGUGGUUUAUUGAUGUGUGUAAUGUUAGCUUAUGGAUGGUAGAGUCUUUUCCAGUUCUUUUGGGAGUGAAAUCUUCCAGGCCUACUACCCUGAAAAAUGUUUUGUUUUUUUAAAAAAAUAAUUUCUUUCUCAUAUAUAUUUAUAUAUAUAUAUAUAAUAGCAACUUUGUAUUAAUGUAAUAUUUUUAUAUGUAACUGUAUUUUUGUAAAAUUUUAAGUUGUCUGUUGUUGCUUUAGUUUUCUGUGCGUUGCUUAGAGAUAUUUUUAAUAUCUUAAGAGGCAUAGAAAGUAAACAAUCCAUCAGACACAGAAUUACGGGGUUGGAAAGGACCUUUAUCCAAUCGUCUGCUCAAUGUAGGAUCUGCAGUGUAGGAUGCAUAAUAAAACAUCGCCUAGUUUUAUCUUCUCCUUUAACAGGGGCUAUGGAUUUUAAUGGAGUAGUACUAUAUAAAGCACAUAUAUUUCCUGCCCCGUCCUAAGUCAAAGCAGUAAGGUAUAUAACAGUCUCAAGUUUUUUAUAUUCUCUGGCAGAUUUGCAUGUGGGGGAGGAAUUGAGUGGGAAAAAAUCUGGAAGAAAGAGCUGAGCAGCCACCACCCCAAUUCCUUUUUUCUUCUUGAUUGCAGCCUUUCACAGCUACCUUUCAUGGUUUUAAAAGAAAUAAACAAACCAGGAGACUGCUACACUUUUGUCUCCUGUGGAAAUAUCUUAGCUUGGUGCUAAAGAAUAUUGCAUUCCUCUCUCGGCAGCCUAUUAUCCCUGCUCCACAUACAUGUUGUUUCUUGUCCUAAAUAUGCACCUAUGAGUUUAAAUGUAAGCAUUCAUGCUCAUUUUUUUGAGAAAUUAAAUUAGCCAGUUAAUUCAAGUGUUUACAGCAGAUUAAGUCAGGAAUAGGCAACAGAGAUCUGUGCAUCAGGAUUGAAAUGCUGGAGAAAUGUGAGGACUAGGGGAGCCAACCAUUGAACCUAACAGAAGUGGUUUGAGGAGCAGAAAAAGGUCAGGUUGGGUGGGUGGAGGGAAGCCAGCUAAUCCGAUGAUGGAUGCAGGCAGCCUUUUAUACAGACAGUUUUCCUAGGAUGCUGAUAUGGGCUGUGAAACCUGUGUGUCUCUGUUUAGGUAAGUUUUUAAUGUCUGAUGCUUUAUUGUCUUUUUAAUUUGGUUGGGAGCCGCCCAGAGUGGCUGGGGAAACCCAGUCAGAUGGGCGGGUUGUAAAUAAUAAAUUAUUAUUACAGUCAUACCCUGGAAGUUGAACAGAAUCUGUUCCAGAAGUCUGUUCAACUUCUGAAACAUUCGACUUCCAAAGCAUGGCUUCAGAUUGGCUGGAGGAAGCUCUUGCAGCCAACUGGAAGCCCUGUCGGACCUCGGCUUCCAAAAGAACAUUCGAAAACCAAAACGCUCGCUUCUGGUUAUUGAUUGUUCAGGAGCCGGAAUGUUCCACUCCCAAGGUGUUCAGGAGCCAAGGUACGACUGUGUUGUUGUUGCUGCUGCCAUAUUCUGUGUUUUAAAAAGAGCAGUUCAUUUAGUAAGUAAGGCACAAAGCAAACCUACCUUACAGUUGGGAGAAGCAGGAUGGAGUGGCAUGGCAGAUUCACUGUUACGAUCACAUUAGAAGCCUACUGCUUGUGUUGUCUAGAGCUGGCACAGCUCUGCAGGGACCUGCAUCCUGUGGAUACAAAGCUGUCAGUGCUCCAUGCUGAAAAGUCCCCUUUGGGGGCUUUUUGUUGACAGUAGCCUUUUACCCACUAGCACAGAGCCCCCAGAGUGGCCUGUAGAAAGGUGACUAUGCGCCAUCCUAACUCCUUUCCCCAUCCUUUAACUUUGGGGAGCUAGGACUGCACUCCCAAGUGAAAUUAUUUGGCAAAAAACCAUAACAAUAUUAUACCAAAAUUGGGGCUUACAAACAUAGUUUUCAUUUUUUAAUGAGUGGCAACCACCCUGAAAUAUUAUGCUUUAUGCUACUCCGAGUGCAGAUGCCAUAGUUUCCUAUGAGGAUAUGAACGUUACUGAAACUACUUUGAGCUGAGUGCAGUACUGGAGAUUGCUAUAGACCAGUGAGGCAUUCUAUUCGCAAAUAUCAAUAGCUAGAGGAUUGCAAUUAUUUUUGGUGCUACCAGGGCUGGCCCACCCUUGUGGCAAGGCAUGGUGACUGCCUGGGUGCUAUUGAUCUGUAGAUGAUGGGACAAUGAUCACUAGUUAUACCUAUUAUCCAUAACUUGAGUUCUCUAUCCUUCAGUGGAAUAGCGGAAACACAGCUCCUGUAGAUGUGUUUUGCAUUUUGAGUUUCUCAUCUCGUAUGAUAUGUUGCCAUCCAAUUUUAAAUGCAAAACAACCUGAAGAAGGUUGUCUGCUUUCCCCAUCAGCCUUUUUCACUCUUUGUUAAAACAGAAUUAUAGCUGCCUCUGUAUCCCCAAAGUAUUCAAGGUUGCUGCUGAUCCAACAGUAUUAUCUCCCUGCUGCUUCUGGUCUGUAGGUUCUCUCAUUGACUGAGCCACCUUCCUGGCCUCUCACAACUGCCCUGAUGAUGUUCUGCUCCAAAUAUUCUCGCCCAGUCUGUUGUACCUUGAUUUCUUCAGUUAUACAGGCUCCAGCGAAAGGUGAGCUUAAUUUACCUGAGCUUCUGUUUGUAGAGGUGGCAUAAAUCCUUCUCUCUAAUAGAGAACUCGAGUGGUUGAGCGGUGGCAUGAUUAGAGAGGAAAAUGGGACCUCUAAGAAACAGGGUGGUACUGACAUGUUCUGGUAAACAGAACAUGAAAAGGGGUGCAGGGCUCAAGAGCCUAUUGAGGGCUGAGCAGGCCUCAGGAGAUACAGAAUGUUGAGUAUCAGAUGGAAAGGGCUGGAGGGAGAGAAUUGACCUGCUUUUACAUCUUACUGCUCGCGACAGGAGUGGGGAACCUAUAGCCCACAGGUUCUAGGCAGGCUGGCACUACAUUUAUUUUACUUUUUUAAGAAUCAGAACUACUGGCAGUAAAGUACAAGACACUUGUGAAUCACCAGCCUCUGGCAUUUAAGAAAUGAGCAGAUAAGAAUGUCCACAAUUUAGCUAAAUCAUCAGAUUUCUGAAAACAAAGUUCUCAUUAGCCCCUUAAAAAUAUAUAAAAUGCAAAUUUUUGGUAUCUUUGCUUUUGAAGGCCUUGAGCAGAUGAAGCUGGUGUGCAAACUAAUUGAGGAGUGUUUGGAGCCUGAGUAUGUGAGGCUGCUAUUCAGGUAAAUUCUCCUAGUGUAAAAUGAAAUGUAAUAUAGGAAUUGCAUGAAAGAGGAUUUGAUUUCCAAUGACGGGAAUGAGUGUCAAGGUGUUCUAGAAUUCUCAGUUGCUACCUUCCGAUAUAUGAAACUAUAUACUGGGGAAGUUUCUGUGUCUCCCUAAUGAACAUAAGUUGCAGAGCAACAUUGCAAACCUAAGCACUUGCUGCAUGUCACACAAUCUCUUUUUUUAUUUCUGCUUUUUCAUUAUAAAGUCCCUCCAUACUAUCACACAUAUGACAAUGAAUAAAUAACAGUCACAAGUUUUCUUACUCCUAUUCAAAAGAAUUGACUAAAACAGAGGAAUUUGUUGGACUCCAACUCCCAUCAGCCCCAGCUAGCAUGGCCAGCAGCCACAAAUGAUGGGAGUUGUAGUCCAACAUCUGGUGGGCCAUCCUGUGUCUUCCCUGUGGACCUUUUACUUUUAUAUGUUUUCUAGGACUAAGAUUAAAGAAACCUGAGUUGAUUAAUAAGAUGUUUUAAAAUCAAUGAAUAGUCAUAAAUUUGCAUAUGACUAAAAUAAUAGUUGAGCAGGGGAGAAGUAUACAGUGGUACCUCGGGUUAAGAACUUAAUUCGUUCCAGAGGUCCGUUCUUAACCUGAAACUGUUCUUAACCUGAGGUACCACUUUAGCUAAUGGGGCCUCCCACUGCCGCCGCUGUGUGAUUUCUGUUCUCAUCCUGAAGCAAAGUUUUUAACCCGAGGUACUAUUUUUGGGUUAGCGGAGUCUGUAACCCGAGGUACCACUGUACUUUUGUUUGUUAGGUGGUACAUGCAUGUCACAGUAGGAGCAAUUUUAGAGGCAUUUCUGUCCUUUGCGAAAGUUAAGGUGGUGCACCUAAGAUGCUGCCUGCCAUCUGCAGUUUUCAUUACUUACAUUAAAAAUAACUUUUAUUAAAAGUUUGUUGUUCAUUUAAUUAGAGAUGCCCUUGAGCUGUUUUUUAUCCAUUAUUCAAAGGUUGCAGCCCUAAUGUUACACAUCUUCUCUAACCACUGCUCCAUAGAAGAGACCUGAAAUCUUUUCAGUACUGCAAUAUUGUUAUUAACCACAUGGCAAUUAACAUGCUCUUGAGUCAGGGAAUAGCCUUAGUGAGUGGCAUAAAGACUACCCCUCAUAUAAUUUUGUUAUCUUUCUCCCUCCUCUGCCUUUCUUUGCAGCCAUAUUAUAGAAAUGCCGUGGUCAGAAGAUCUCCUCGUAGCUGUGCAUUCUUUGCUGGGAAGACAGGUGACUAUGAAUAUAAGUCUUCCUGUGCUUCCAUAUAGAGUUUACUAGCUGGGUAGCAAUAGAGACUAGAAUCUGUUCUCUCCAAACUAGCAUUUUGCCAUUUCUCUGCUGCCUGCACUUUUGUCCUUUGUCUUGACAGCAUGGUGUGCACCUUUGCUGAAUAUGAUUGAAGUAAAUGCCAGCAUCUCAAACUGUAGUGCAAAGCUAGUUGUGAUACUAGUUUCUUUUAGUGUCUAAGGAAGCCUCUGUCUGAGCAACAUUUUACUGUCCUAGUGCUAAUUCAUUCUUGUCCAGUAUGGCUUGCACCGAGUCUAUCUGAACAACUAAAAUGUACGCAAGGGCAAUUAAUAUUUAGGCUGCCUCUCUCACCCCUUCCCCCUUGUUUAUCUUCUUCACUUUUCAGGUAGUGUUAUCCACUGAGCUCUUCAACAUGUUGGUCUUGAAUCUUUGCCAGAUGGCUCAAGAAUUUGCCACAUCAAUGCAUUAUGCAAAUCUGGUUCUGACAGUGUUGACGAAAUACCAAAGCAGUGUGAGUUACUUGCAACAGGCGCUUGAAAAGAAAUGAAAAAUGGCAGCUUGCUUCUUAAAUAUUUCUAUGGAGCUUUCCUAUUCUAUUGCGAUAGUGUGUACUGUAGUGUUUCUUUCACUUACCUUCCAGCAUACAUUUGAAUUUCCUCUUGAGAUUGUGAACCUAAUUAUUAGAAGUGCUGAGCAGCCUCUUUUCCUAUAGCAGAACACAGAUGCUCCUUCAGCCUGAUAAUGAAGUUUGGGCAUUAGGCUGAGUUUACAAGAAUUAAUCUUACAGUAUUAUUAUAUGUUUCUCUGCGUGAAAAGUAUGGUUAUUUUACUGUAUGUGGGCAGGGUGGUGACGGGGGUUGGGGCAGAGAGAGAAGGGUCGGCGAUCCUCCAUAUGUUUUCUUUGCUGAGUAGAAAACCUGGUUGAAAAAGCUGGUAAGACAGAACCAACAUAGAUAAUUUUGGUGCUAAGACAUAGUAGCAAAAUAGCAAUCCCCACUCCUAGGUUCUUAGAGAGUAUGGCACCACAAGGUGUGACUUUCUUUUUAUUAAUGCAUGAUGGGAAUAUCCAUGUUGGGUUUGGUCAAUUAACAUGCUUUGAAUUCAAUGAUAUGCAAAUAAUCAUAGACCACAGUCAGUAUACCAAUCUGAAAUUAAAGGUACAAGUUUAUAUAAACCCUCCAGAUGUGCAGUAGCUAUCCACAUGAAAUCGAUGCCUAUAUGAAAUAUGUUUGAAUGUUGCCAGAGUAGUGAGGUCCUCAGACCAUUGUGGAAUAGAUAGUGAUUGUCCAUUCUUCCAUGCUCAAAGUCUAAGUCUCUUAAGCCACCAUAAGGGCUUGCAAAAUCCUCUUUUGUCCUUCCAACUUGUGUGUUUACUGUAGACAAUCUAGGCAACUGGGGCAGGUCAUGAGAGUGGGAUCAACCUGCAUAAAUGUAGCAAAAGGGUUAUGAGUUUUUACCAGCACGCGCUAAGCAGCUACAUUUUGUCCUCCUUUUUAGAUUACAUUGGCCCAUCAGCAUCGCUUAUCCUGUGCCUUGGACCUCAACAGAACAAUCUUGAAGAAGUCUCUUCAGGCUGCACUGAAGCGAGUGCCUUCAAAUAAAGAGGAAAGCUGAGUUCCUUUCCUAUGUGGAAUAAUGCUAGAAGGCGACCUUUCUUUAGUAUUGGUAACCAUAAGAUGGAGAAGACUAAAGACCCAUUGAGAGGCUGGGGAAUCAAAGAGGACCUGUGUCUUUUCAAAUGUUAACUCUUUCUCUUGUCUUUCAAUAAGAGCCAGCUGGAUUUGUCUGAACAAACGGUGUGCACAUUGUCUGGAGUGUACCUGAUUGCCAAGCAAUUUUGCAUCAGUAGUUGUGAGAAGUGAAACUUCUUUCAUUGCCAUUAACACUGGAAGCUCAUGCAAAUAGGGAGCUUUAUAUAUCUUUGUCACUUUCCUGUGGCAAGGAUGUGCCUCCUGAGAACAACAACUGCUGGAACUGCCGGGGUUGGAGAUAAAGAUGCCUCUAGGGUAGCCGUAGUAUGAAAUAACUACCCCCCCCCCCCAUAAAAAAUAAACACUCCAUAAUCUGGCUAUUUGUGUGAAUUCUGCAGUGACAGAUAAAAAUCAGUUAACUAAUUUGUUAUCUUUCAGCAUGAAAAGCCCACAAGGAGUUGGUCCAUGGUAUAGUCAGUGCAGCUGUAAUCGUCUAAGUAGCAACUUGAAUUGCCUGGUUAAAAAAACUGAACACACCUGAAAGCUGGUAUUUAUGAACUACAUCACUUUUCCAACAAGUUCUGUUGGAUCAUGAACCGUUUCACACCACUCAGGGGGGAAAACCAUGUCUGGAGGCAAAGGCUGGCUGAUGCUCUAACUGCAGCAUGGAUUUUAGAUGUGACCCAUGCAACCAUUUCCCUCAUUCUAUGGAGCACCAGCCCACCCAAAAAUCAGCUGUGACCAAAAAAGAGGAGUAGAAAAGUAUAUGAGGAGACCUUAAUGCCUUUGCAUGUUUUCUCAUGUAAUUCAAUCAACUUAAAGCACUAGACUACUAUAUUUACUACACUUUUAAGUAUAAGAUAAAAGGUUAUUUGGGCAUUUGCCCAACAGUUAUUGCUUAGGGCCAAAGUAGUUGCAGCAGAGGUAAGUUCUAUAUUGUUAAGCACAAAGCUUCCUUUGUCAUGUUCAAAGGGCGUGAUGGGGAUGCAACUUGAGCUUAGCAAAACAAUUAACAACAGCAACAACAACAAAAAUAAUGGUAUUAGGGUACAGGGUACUAAACUUCCCUGUCAUGGGUCUCCCCAUGGCUCUUCACAAGUGCCGUUAACAUCUUCAAAUACUUGCAGUGUUGGAGAUAAAACUGGACCUGUUUACUCUUCUUCCCCCAAGUGAAAAAAAGGAUGCUUGUGUGUUUAAAUAUACAGAAUGUGCUUCGGGGGGGCCACUAGGGGGUGCAUUGGAAGAUGGCCGACAAUACCAUCUCUCCGACCCACACGGGGUAAUUAAGAGGCUGUUAUGGGAGUAGGAAGCCUCCCUUGUUGCCCCAAGGAAAUGGGGAACACUGCCCUUGCCUGCUGUGCCCAUAAAUCACCCCCUAAUUCGAAAUAAGGGGGUGAGGGCCCUAGGCAGAAUGCCCCCCUGUGGACCUUGGCUCUCCUGGACGCUGUCUCUGAUCGCGCACUAGUUGCAGCAAUUUGGAAUAAUUAAUUACAAAAGAAGCAAAUGCACAUAUUUCAAGUGAAGAAGGGGAGUGAAGUCUGCUAAUUUAAGUGACCUCUGCAAAAGAAGACGACGGGCUGGAGAAACAGGAAUAUUUUACGAUGAAGAUACACCAAAGGCGGGGUAUGUUGACAACGGGGCUGAAUGGGGGGGGGGAACCUUUUUUACUUUCCUUCUAUGUGAUUUACAAGAACCCCUCCUCAUUAGAACCGUCAGUUGAUCUGACCCAAGCAGGAUGAUUAAGGUCUGUGUGGAGAUAAAUUUUAACCAAAAGUAUGCUUUAUGGAGACCGAGAAGCAAUAAGAGCUUUUGGGAAUGGCGCAGCAAUUAAUUCGGAGUCACCAUCUUGCCAAAGGAUUUACACCCGGGAGGAAGAACGGAUUUGUUUUCAGACUGCAUUCCUAGUGAAUCUCCUGAGAGGUUUUGAGAAAGGAGGCAGAUUGGUGAAGAUUAAUGAUGCUAAGACUGUUUUGAUGUAUGGAAGUGAUGUUAUAUGGAAAACGUCUGGAUAUGGCUACUGGAUAAAAAAAAAAAUAUCCACGCAGGAUUACAAACUGUUCUAACCAGCUUGCGGAGACUAUCAGAGGUCACAAAGAGAAAGGAAAAAUAUAUGAAAAUAACAACAAGAGAUGUGGAAAAAUAAUAAGAAAGGACUGGAUAGUACUGUGAACAUCAUAAGGUUAGAUUUGUGGACAUUAAAACAGCAGUAAGAAGCAAGAAGUUGAUUGGAUCCCUUCGGAACUUGAAA